AUGGAGUCGGAGCUUAAGUGCCCAGUCUGCAAACACUUAUUCGUGAACCCCGUCAUUCUGCCCUGCUUUCAUUCGGUGUGCCUCAAGUGCGCUGUGCAACUCCAUCAGCCGGCCAGCGGACAAGAAGAUGAUUUCGAUCAGCUGUCGCUCGUGUCCGAAACGGACUCCGGAGUCGUCUGCAGCCCUUUACCUUCCGGCAACUCGGUGGCCAUAACAUGUCCUACUUGUCAUAAGAGUUGCCUGUUCGACGAGAACGGAGCCGGCAACCUCUGCAAGAACAGGGCGCUGGCGAACGUCAUCGACCGCUAUGCGGAGUCACGAAAACUCGAUAUCGAGUGCCAAAUGUGCGAAGAAAAUCCCGAGCAAGCUGCGUGGUUCUGCGAACAAUGUGAGGUGUUCUAUUGUGACGCGUGCCUCGGCUCGUUCCAUCCCUCGAGGGGACCCCUGGCGAACCAUCAACUCAUCUCGGCCAUCCAGGGUCGCUCGCAACAGAGAGCUAAAUUCAAAAUCUCUGCUGUCAAGGAGAUGAAUUGUCUCGAGCACGAGGACAAUUCCUUCAGCAUGUUCUGUCUCAUGUGUAAAAUUCCUCUGUGCGUAAUGUGUUUGCACGACGGCCGGCACGCGACUCAUGAUGUGCAAGCUUUAGGACAGAUGAGUCGACUUCAAAAGACACAGCUUAGUCAAUCCCUGCAGUCGCUUAGUGAGCGAGCCAAAGGAGCAAAUGAACUCAUCGCUAAUCUCAAGGGCAUGUCAGCGAAGAUAAACGAAAAUUGUCAAUCCCUAGAAAAAUCGAUCCGAUCACAGUGCGCAGCGCUCAUCGAAGCCGUCGAAAAGCGACGGGACGAACUUAUCGAAAUUGCUCAAACCGAAAAAGAGAAUCGACUGCAGGAAAUUCGAGAAAAAGUCGGUAAAUGCAGUCAAAGCCUCCAGAACACGACAUCACUGCUCCAGCUCUGCAUCGAAGCGCUCAAAGAGCCAGAACCAACGGUUUUCCUCCAAAUUGGAGGCAUCCUCAUCAAUCGAGUCAAGGGCUGUGAGCAAGAAUGGCUCAAGGAACAAAGACAUACAACGGCCAUGAACUUCGAUUUCGAAAUCAACGACCAAGACGUCUUGGAACAGAUACGUACGCUCGACUUCAUCAAGAACAAACAGGAUUGUGAAUCAGCUCCGGGUGCACCGAUCAUUAUCUUGGACGAGUGUGGUGCGAUGAAUAACUCGAUAACCAUCUCGUGGAGAGCUGCGAUCAAUCAAAGUCCGGUCGAUGCUUUCAUCCUGGAAAUAACCGACCAUGAUGACCUCAAAGCCUUCCGCGAAGUUUAUUACGGAGCGGACAACAUCUGCACCAUUGAUGGUCUUCAUUUCAACACACUCUACAACGUACGUGUCAAGGCUCUGAACGCGCACGGAUCAUCAAUCUACUCGCAGAUGGUUUCUUUGGAAACCCACAGCGUCGCGUGCUUCCUCCUCGACGCUUCGACAACUCUCCCCGACACAAUUAUUAGCGAAGAUUGCCUCCGAGUGACGGCCGACGCCUUCGAGCACCGCCUCGUUUUGGGAAAUCUCGGUUUUUCGUCUGGAGUGCACCACUGGGAGCUAACGUUGACGCGAUACGAAGGAAACACGUCCGACGUCGUGUGCGGAGUGGCACGAUAUCAUGCGGCUCGUGAUCUAAUGUUAGGCAAGGACGAAAAUGGCUACUGCAUGUACAUCGAUCAUCAGCGUUCCUGGUUCUUACACGACGAUCAGCAUCACACGCGAACCCCGAUGGGGAUUCGACAAGGCGACGUUAUCGGAGUUCUACUCGACAUGGAUGCGGGUAGCUUGAGCUUUUUCGUGAACGGGACCCUUCAGGGCGGGGGUCAGGCUUUCCAGAAUCUUCAAGGGGUUCUGUAUCCCGCCUUGAGCGUCAAUCGAUUUGUGGAGUUCAGUCUUAGGUCCGGUCUGGACCCGCCCGACUGCUGAACCACCGGUUUCGAAUUUCGCUGUCGUUAUCGACGAGAAUCAAAGAAGAGGAAUAUCAAAUUCU